GGGACAAUAAAAUAACAAGGGAAGAUGGCGUGGAGGCUUUGCAGGAAAACACUGGCUUGUGCUGCUUUUACUUCAGCUUGCACAAGAGCAAUAUUGCUUAGUUCACUGAAACCUGUUUUGUUUUACAGCACUUCAGUAAUAUCAGCCAAAAAAGAAGUCAAUGGAGUCAGUCUGCAUUACCAACAGACAGGAAGAGGAAACCAUGGUGUUUUACUUCUUCCUGGAGCUUUGGGGAGUGGGCAAACUGACUUUGGACCUCAGCUCAAGUCUUUGAAUAAAGACCACUUCACCAUAGUAGCAUGGGACCCCCGAGGAUAUGGGCGCUCUAUACCUCCAAACCGGGAAUUCCCACUUGAGUUCUUCCAUCGAGAUGCCAAGGACGCAGUGGAUCUAAUGCAGGCAUUAAACUUUAGUAGAUUUUCCAUGCUGGGGUGGAGUGAUGGUGGAAUAACUGCCCUAAUUGCCGCUGCACAGUAUACCUUUCACAUCAACAAACUGGUUGUCUGGGGAUCAAACGCUUAUAUCACAGAAGAUGAUAUCAAGCUUUAUAAUGCUGUCCGUGAUGUUUCUAAAUGGAGUGAGAGGAUGAGGAAACCCAUGGAGGAGAUGUAUGGUGCAGAAUAUUUUGCUAAAACUUGGGCUGCUUGGGUGGACGGCAUUUGUCAGUUUGCUAAGAGACCAGAUGGUAACAUUUGUCGGGAGGUGUUACCGCAGAUUCACUGCCCCACAUUGAUUGUUCAGGGGCUAAAGGAUCCCAUGGUCCCAAACUUUCAUGCAGAAUUUCUUCACAAGCACAUCAAAGGCUCACGGUUGCAUCUGAUGCCAGAGGGCAAACACAAUUUACAUCUGAGGUUUUCAGAAGAAUUUAAUCAGGUAGUUGAAGAAUUUCUGCUGCAGUGACACAAUAGAGUGAAAUUAAACACUGACUCUUGAAUGUUGUUAAUUUAAAGUUGUUUUGCUUUUUCCUUAUUCGUCUUCAAGCAUCAUAACUAUUUCAAGAACAUGUACAAACAUGGUGAGGUCUUAAAAUGUAUUUGUGUUACAAUAUCAGUAUAUUAUCCAGGACUGCCACAUCGAUAUUGACUUGCUGUUGAAAUGUGUGUGUCUGUAUUAUAAUGUAUGUUCAUAACAUGACCCAUAAAUAUUAAACACCCAAUAGUUAUAAA